CUUACCCAAAUUGUCUCAUUUCAUUUCAAGAAAUAUCAUUGUCAACAUGUUUUCCUGCCUAGUUGGUUCAGAGUUAAGACACCAUGAUCAAUUUGCCUUUGCUCUAGUAAAUAUCAAAAGAUAGAAUAAAUUGGCCUCCCAAGCUCCUGGAUAAGUUGUAUUAUGUACUGCGUGGAGCAAAACAGAAUGAGAAUCCUGUGGAAUGGGAAGCUUUCUCAAUCAAUCACUCCCACCCGCGGCGUUCGUCAGGGAGAUCCCUUGUCACCCUAUCUUUUUGUUUUAUGUAUGGAGCGCCUGUCUCAUAAGAUUGAUGAAGCCUGUCUUAGUAAGAAAUGGAAACCCAUUCAUCUUACUAAGGAAGGCCUGCCUCUAACUCAUCUCUUUUUCGCAGAUGAUCUGCUUCUUUUUGCUGAAGCAGAAUCGCGCCAGAUUAAGGUGGUCAAGGAGUGCCUCGAUGACUUCUGUUAUAGUUCGGGGCAGCGAGUCAAUUACAACAAGUCGAUUAUGUAUAUCUCCUCCAAUGUGGACCGAGCCAAGGCGUCUCUUCUGAGUAGGAAAGCAGGAAUCCCUCUUAAGCAGGAGCUUGGAAAAUACUUGGGAAUUGAUACCAUCCAUGGUCGAGUCACUAAAGGGCGGUAUCAGGGAUUAAUCUUGAGAAUUCAGAAGAAGUUGGCCCCCCGGAAGGCCCGUCGUCUAUCCCUGGCAGCCAGGCUCACAAUUGCUCGUUCGGUAACCUCAUCACUUCCCACCUAUACUAUGAGCACUGAACUUAUUCCCAGUGGUGUGUGCAAAAAUAUAGACAAGAUAAACAGGGACUUUAUCUGGGGAGAGGAGGAGGAAAAAUACAAAAUGCACCUUGUAGCAUGGGAUAAAAUGGUUCUCCCUAAGAAGCAAGGAGGAGCCGGCCUCAGAUCUCUUAGGCAAGCAAAUCUAGCUAUGCUGGCAAAAGGUGGAUGGAGAAUUCUUAAGGAGAAGGACAGCCUGUGGACCAAGGUGAUGAGGGAGAAAUACGGCCGAGGCCAAGAAGAUUUAAACAUCAUCCGACCUAUUCAGGGAAGUUCCUUCACUUGGAACAGCUUUUCUAGAGCUGCUAAUCUUCUUCGAAAAGGUUGUGCUUGGAAUAUAAAGAAAGGUAAACACACUAAGUUUUGGCUGGAUGUGUGGAUUUUGCAGGUACCCUUGAUAGACGUAGCUGUGAGCACGAUCCCAAGUGACAUAGAAGGUGCUGUGGUUGCGGAUUUCGUGACGCAAGAAGGAACAUGGCGGACCGAACUCUUCUCAGACCUUCUUCCCCAGGAUGUUCUGCAGAAAAUUCUCAGCACGGCGGUGGACAACCUGUCGACGGAGGGUGACACGAUGUUUUGGAGUGCUUCCUCGGAUGGAAAGUUUUCAGCAAAGUCGGCCUAUAGCCUUCUUAAUCAACAUACUGCAGAUCCAGAUGAGAAGCAUUGGAAGACAAUUUGGCAGCUACCUGUCCCUGAGCGUGUCAGGAACUUCAUGUGGGUGACUCUCCUUGGGAAAAUAGUAACUAAUCUACUUCGUUUUUCCAGGAAAUUGGCGCCUAACUCGGAUUGUGUGCGAUGCCAAGGGCAGCCCGAAAGCAUUCUCCAUAUUCUUAGGGACUGCCCCCCAGCUCUCUUCUUUUGGACAAGGCAUGUGCCGGGCCCGAAGCAGCACACCUUCUUCAGUGCUGACCAACAUAGUUGGCUUCGAGCUAACCUCGCCCACACCGAUAUUGGCAGCCUAGGGAUGUCGUGGGCUACUUUUUUCAGUGUUGCAGUGUGGUGCUUGUGGAAGAAUAGAUGCACCUUCGUUUUCAAGGGUGCUUCAGCGGCUCUGUCUCCUCCGACUCUCGCUCAUUCUAUUGUGGCCAAAGCCAAGCUAUGGCAUCAGGCAUGGGAAGCUCCAACUCUUCUCCCCAACAACAGAGUCCAACCGGCUACGCGGGUCUUGGCUAGCAUUGGCUGGAAUGCUCCGCCUGCAGGUUGGUUCUCUCUCAACAUUGAUGGAGCUUCUUGUGGUAACCCAGGACCAGCAGGAACUGGAGGAUGCAUUCGAGAUAGUUCAGGGAAGUGGAUCACUGGCUUUGUUGGAAACAUUGGAUCGGCCACAGCAGCGUUAGCCGAGCUUUGGGCUUUCUUUCAUGGUCUGGAGAUAGCUUGGACUAGAGGUUGCCGAGUUUUAAGAAUAGAAUCUGACUCCAAACUAGCUAUUGAGCUCAUUCAGAAUCGACAUGAUCAGGUGCACCCGUACUCUACUCUCAUCUCUGCCAUUCGCAGGAAACUAAGCCAAAACUGGUUGGUGAGCAUCACUCAUACAUACCGGGAAGGGAAUAGAGUCGCGGACUGGCUCUCGAAGCACAGUCUCGUCUAUCCCUACGGUAUGCAUGAGCUUGCGAACCCACCUCAAGGCUUAGGAAACAUUCUCUUGGAAGACAGCAUGGGCAUUACUUUUGAGCGUCGCAUUGUUGCUACCUCUUCUACCUCUUCCCCUUCAUCCACCCCCAUGUAACACCUUUCUUCUGCUUGGCUGCGGCCUCCUUGUAACGCAAAAAAAAAAAAAGAUAGAAUAAAUAUGAAUCUUUGGCUAGAGUACAAAAUAUUAAAAUACAUUGUUUGGUUUGCAUGAGUUGAUGGUAGAACCCGCAUAAUUUGACAUGGAAUCUCAAAUACUUUGGUGUAAAGGGCACUCAUCUCCCCAUAAUCUUGAAAUCUAUGGGGAGAUGAGUGCCCUAUAUCAUGUAAUCUUGAAAUCUAUGGGGAGAUGAGUGUCCUUUACACCUCGUGCUUAAGACUCAGGUGUGUAAAUGAGUGCUUACCUCUAUAAACGAGCUCCAACCACUUAGAAUCCUUAUCUUCAUCCAUUUAUGAGUUUGUAAAUCUAAGGAAAAAUAAAGAGCCUUUUGGGAUUGGCUAGCUAACAGAAAUAAGGAAGGGAGAAAAAGGGGGAAACCAUAAUUGUGGGUUUAGUUUUGUAAUCCCUAGUUUCGAAUCCUUUAAAAUCAUAAUUUGAGAAUCUUUCUUUGAUUUAGAUCUUGAUAACACUAUUUUUAAUCUCUAUAAGUAAUUUUUGUGUCGUUUAAAACUUUGUUGCAAGAGAUAGGAACCUUAUUUUGUGACGCCUUGAAUUGCAUCUAAAACAAGGACUUGGUCUUACCAUCAUUAAACCUUCUUAUAGUGUCUUGUCAAUAGCAUACUAAAAAAUCAAGUCAUUCAGAAGGGUUUUUUUUUUUUGGCGUUGCAAGUUGGAAUAUUUUACUUGAUUCAAGGUAGAUCAAAUUCAUAUGUUAAUGAUCAAAUUCGUGAACACUUCCUUUUACAUAUUUUCUCCAUUGUAUUUGUGCAAAUUAUGAUAAAUUUUUUAAGUUAAUCAAUUACGUCUAAAGCUUGAAACCAAAUACAUGAGAAAUAGGACAUUGUCGCGUAAUAUAAUUUUAGAAUCCAA